AUGUCACCAACAUCAUCAUCGUCUACCAUCUAUGAUCAUUUGAUGAUUAAUUUUCAUCAACAACCUAAAAUUUUUAUUAGAAAUAAUGCAAUAUCAUCAAAUACUUCAUAUGAUCUUUCGAAUAAAUUAAAUUCAUCAAAUUCAAAAUCGAAUUGUAAUAAUUUAUUAAUAUCUCGAAAACCAAAAUCGAUACCACCGGAUAGAGAGCAAAGACCAAAGCGACGAUAUACAAUUACAGAUGUAACUAUGCCAGAACCUAUUGUAAGUUGUUCAGUGAGUAAUCAAGCAUACGAUAAAGCAAUUAUAAAAAAACCUUCAACGCCUUCGAAUAUUUCAUCGGUAUCAAAAGAAAUAAAUUCAACACGUUUUCAUUCACCACUAUCAAAUAAUAUUCAAAAUAAACAAAUGGAUUUUCGUCCAUUAAUUAUAAAUGGGCGUCGACGAUUUACUACAAUUACUUCAACAUCACCAAUGAUUAUUGUUAAAAAAAAAUCUCCAUCUCCUAUGAAUAAUAUUUCUUCGGAGCAAAAACAAUUGCGUCGCUCGAUUCCUGUCAAUAUUACUAGUACACCAAUAGUUGUUAGUGCUGUGAUAACAUCAUCAGUAUCUUCUUCUUCUCCUUCUUCUCCUUCUGCUACGUCGACAAAUGUGGGUACCAUUUCUGUACCAAUUCAAGUGAUAAAAACCCAGAAAAACAAUCAAGAUAAUAAUAAUAAUAGUAUUUCCACUGCUAAUAAAACAAACGAACGUCAGAAAGGUUACCGUUACGUGCCAAAACAAUUACGGCAAGUCAAAUCAACAAUAACAAACGAAAACGUACAAAAUGAUCAGUUGUCAUCAUUGCUUGUAAAUGAUGAUGAUAAUGGAUCAGCAAGAAUGUUUUCUUCAUCUUCAGCUGUGGGAAAUGGCAAUAGUCAUAAUUCAGCAAUGAUGAUGGAUUCAAAUGUACUUCGUUUAAUUCGUCGUUAUGAUCCAAUAGCUGCAAGUGCCAUUUGUAUCAGAGGUCGUCGAUCACUUGAAAGUAGUCGACGCGGAUUGCAUGAAGAUAAUGGAAAAUUAAACUCAUCCUUAACAUCUAGUGUUUCUUCAGCUUCGUGUUCAUUUUUACCUCAACGAACACCAAUAUUUACAUCGUCACAUGAAGAUAAUUACUCGGUAAAACAGCCAUUAACACCUCGUCUUCAACAUCAACAAACAAUUUAUGAGCAUGACGGGUCGCAAUCAUCAUCAUCAUUACAUAGAGGUAAUUCAGUUCGACCAAUUCUUAAAUAUACUCCACCAAUAUCGCGUACUGAUUUAAAUUUUCAAUCUAAAAAGACUAAACCACUAAGUAAAGCACUAUCUAUUGAAAUUGAGCCACAUGUUCCACCGCCAUUAACAACAGUAUCAAAUGAAAAUACAAUUAGUUGUCAACCAUUAAUCACAACUGGCACAAAACGAGUGUGUGCAGCAAUAAGUAAAUCAGAAUGGGACUUACGUUCUCAAAUUGAUCCUUGUUCUAAUAAUGUACCAUCAUCACCAUCUACGUUUCCUGUUCGACCUCCUUCACCACAUACAAUAAUCAAUCAACAACAGGAAAAAGAAUCUUAUCAAGCAUUAGUUGAUCGAAAUCAAUGUUCAAUCGGAACUAAAACUAAUAAUGAAGAGGAUGAAGAUAUUAGUGGUAUCCGUGAAUGCUCUUCAUUUAAUACAACUGGUUCAUGUAUUGAAAAACUUAAACAAAUAUUUAAUACAAAAGCAUCACUCGAUUUAACAACUUCAUCAACAAAUAAACAAUCACAACUAGAUGAUUCAAUAGAAACAAAUCUUAAUCGACAUUUAAAUACGACUGGAACAAAUAAGAAUGAAACAGAUUUACCAUCAGUAACAUCUCCAAUUGUUCAAAAAAAAUCUAAUAAAAAUUCAAUUGAAUCACAAACCCAUACAAUAUCAAGUGAUAGUCUCAUUAAACCAACCAUCAUUAAUCAAGAAGGCACACCAACAACUUCACCAUUAUUAAAACGACCUGUACUUAAAAGUCAAAAAGCUUCUGAUAGUACUGAUUCACUUAAUCGUUCAAAUAGUAGCAGUUUAAUGCCAUCAUCAGAACUUUCGUAUGAUGCUUAUCGUUUUCGUCGUUUAAAUGAACAUGAUCAAAUGACAAGAACACGUUUAAGAAAUGUAGCUAAAGUUGAACCAUAUUCAAUAAAUACAAAUAUGGUUCGUCCACUUUAUCAAUCAUCAUCUUCAAAACCAAUGGCAACAACAAUAAUGGCCCAAUCUCAAUCGCGUACUGCACUAAAUAGUAUGGGUAAUACUUCAACUAAUUCAUCAACAUCUUCAGCUGCAUCUCUUAGUGGUACUAUUCGUCAUCCUAAUGUUCGCGACUCAGAUUUUCUUGUACCAAAUCCUGCAUAUUCAACACCACCUCCUCCUCAACUAUCACACACAUGUCACCCUCCAUCAACUUCUUCGUCUCUUGCGACACCACUAACAACAUCAAUGUUAUUAUCGGAAUCGCUUUCACAUGGUUCACCCCGUCGAUUACCGAAUACGAGUAACCCUUCAUUAUUUAAUGCACAUUCUAAUAGUUUGGCUUCAUCAGUAAAUAAUUCUAAGCAGAGAUAUCAAUCGUCUACACAACCAGAUUUACAUUCUGGAAAGAACAUUUAUUCUCCUUCAAUGUAUCGCAAUGGACUCGGUACGACGACAGUCAAUAAAAGUAAUAAUUAUGAAGAAUUUGAUAAUUAUACACCGCUUACUUCAUACCAUUAUCGACCAAAAGAACAUGCUUCAUCAACAACAGCAAUUAAUUCCUCGUUAACGAAUAGUCAUCAUCAAUCUCAAGGAUUAAUAUGUGUACCACAAAUUGAACAACCGCAACAUGAACGAUUGAAUAAUGGACAACAACAACAGCAACAGCCACGUCGUCGUUUUCAACGACGUAAACAAAUGAAACGUUCAAAAAGUGCAGAUCUAUAUCAAGAGCCUACAUCUAUAUCAUCAAAAAGUCAAAACAAUGAUAAUAGCUGCUUUUUUCCAUCAACAACUAAUAAUGAAUCAAAUAGAUAUCAUCAUCAACAAUCAAGAAGUCGUGAUUUAAUAGGAGGAGGAGGAGGAGGAAGAGGAGAAGGAGAUGGAAAUCUAUCACCAUCAUCAUCGUCAUCAUCAUUAUCAACAGCUAAUACUGAACACGUUAAUCGUGCAUCUUUACUUCGUUAUAAAUCAUUAGAUUCGAUGACAUUUAAUAAUCGAACAGCUAGUCUUCACGGAAAAAAUAGCAACCGAAGAAACUUAUCGAAACCAACAAAUGCUGAUUUCGAUAGUGAUGAUUCAAUUUGUGGAAUACCAAAACCUAGAAAGACCAAUGGACGGCUUUGCAGUGGCUCAAAAGAUGCCCUUAAAUCAGAAAAAAUAUUUCUUGGUUCUUCACUACCAGGAAAAAACCGUUCUAUUAGUGCACAAGCAAUAUCUGUUCGCGAUAUUGUUAACAGUGUUACAAGUACUGGAAUUACAAAUUCUAUUCGUAAAGAUGAGAUUACAAUCGACCAAAUUGAUCUGUUGGUCGAAACAAGUCCUUCCAUACCAUUGUCACCUGUAAUAAUAACAACAACAACAACAACAGCAGCAGCAGCAGAUAUAAAAAACGGAAGAUUAAAUAUAAUGGAACGAGAACAGCAGUCUGGAUCUUCAUUUGGUGAAUCUCAGUUUUAUGCAAGAACACCCAUUACACCCACUACAAAACGAUAUGAUUUCAUCUAUCAGAAAUCUGAUGAAACUUAUUCAGCACCUAUAAUUGAAGAUACACUUCACGAUGCUAUCGAUGAUCUUCACAUAAAUAAAGAUCAAAUAAUUGGCGUUAGAGAUAUGCCAACAAAAAUUUACACAAAUUGGAAUCCUUCAUAUGAAGAAGAAUAUAUAAAGCUUCCUAUGCAUAAUCAAGAAUUAUUGAUUGUUGAACCUACUGACGUUUAUAUUCAAAAACAUUGUCCAUUAGAAACUAAAAGAGCAACAACAAAAAUAUCAUCGAAUACAAUAGUUUCCCAUGCAUUUCAAAGUCCUCAGUCGUUUUAUGUAGAAAGUGAAUUUCGUAAUGAAAAAUUAGCAAAACCAUCGUUGAUUCGUCCAUUAAAAUCUUCGAUUGAAAAAAUUCAACACGAAUUUGACGAUAAUAACGAUCCGUCAACAUCAAACACAAAUCGUUCCGUACAUUUACCUAUUGAUAAGCACCGUAGCCUUUCAGAAAUUAUUCGAAAACGUAAUAGUAAAUAUAAGGUUGAAGAUUAUAAACGUUCAUUUCAAAAGUUUCACACAUUCGACGAGCAAGAAUCAGAAUAUCAACGACCAUUAACUUCGUCAAAAAGUGAACAUGCUUUAUCAAGUCAUCAAAUAUCAAUUUCUAAUGGGAGUCCCAAAGAAAUCAAACGUCUAACUAAAACAAAAUCAGUUGAUCUACCAUGUGAAUAUAAUAAAGAAACAGAAAUAUCUAUGGAGAAAUCUGAGCCAAAUACUAGUAGCAAUGAUUUUGAACAAAAUAUUUCUAACGAGAAUAGCAAACUGAAAGAAAAAAUGAAUGUUGCCGCUGCAAGAAAUCUAUUUGAAACAUUUUCAAAAGAUGUACAAAGCGGUCAUCGUUUAACACGUUCAAAAUCAUUUAAACAAGAAAAUUCUUCAUUUUUAUACAACGAAAUCAAAUCUCCACCAUUAACGAAACCCUACAGUAGCGAAAGACACCGAUCUAAAACGGAAAAUAUAGUUCUAAUUCCGACAGAAAUUGAUGAAAUUUCAGUAGAACAUAGCGGUGAUAGUUUUGGUGAUGAUACAUCAAAAUUAACAUUUAAAGAAAAAAUGAUUCUAUUUAAUAAAUCGAAAAAUUCUGGAUUAGCAUUAUCAUCUUCAUUAAAAGCUAAUCGUAAUCGCCUUACCCAGCCAAUAACAGCUGAAGAAGUUCACGCAGCCGAGGAUCUAUCUGCUGAGCCAUCGCCAUCGCCAACACCAAAUUCAAAACAAUUAUCAACAACAAUAACAACAUCACCAAUCGUAAAUGAAAAUGCUUUGUUGCAUGAUAAUUCUUUAUCAUUAUCAUUAAAUUCUUCGUCGGAGGACAGUUUUCUUCCAAUAAUAUUGACCCUUGAAACAAAUAUUUUACAAGAAAAUCGCUUUGAUGACGAGCAUGUUAAACAUUUAUCUAUGCACAAUACUGACGAUACAACAAUGUUGAGUACGGAAGAAGCAGAAAAUAUGAUACCUGUGAGCAAAAGGCUCGAACAAUUAAAAACGCAUGGUGAAAAUGAAUGGAAAAAACGUAUUAAAUCACCCAAUGAUGCCAAUGAAUUUACUGUGGAAGGAAAACUUCGGCAAGCAGGAAAAGUUUCGACACUUACAGAAGAAGAAAAACCAAUACCAACAACUGCGCGUAGAGGUCCAACAUUAAAAUAUAAUGCAAAGAAAACGAAUAAUGAUCAAAAACAACGUGCUAAAACUGUUGAUGUUGUCCGUCUUAAAACUGAAUCGAUCGUUAAAAACAAGGACACAAUUGACAUAUCUCCAUCCAAUAAUAAAAGUAAUGAAAUAACAUCAAAAAAAUCAACCAACAACAAUAAUGUGAUUUCGAUAUUGAAAUCGGAUCGAGUAUCGGUAUUAAAACCUGAUGAUCAUCUUGAUGAUUUUUUUGCUGAUACAAAGAAAAACUUGCCAAAUGAAUCAACAGUUCAAUUAAAUACUGAUGAUCUUAAUCAUAUUGCUGAAAAUACUGUCAGAUUACAAUCACAGCCAACUCGUGUUCGACCACCUCGUCGUCAACAACAAGGCAAUAAAAAUCCUCUUCGCCAAAUUCAAGCAACAAUACCAACAGCUGAUGAAUACACAGAAGUGCAUACAAAUCUUUCAGAGCAAGAAGUUCGUCGAUUGAAACGAGCUCAAAUUGCUGAAAAUGCUGGUCUAGCUCAAGAAGCUUUAGCUGCUUUAGCAGCAACAGAAAAUUUUGCUGAAAUUAACUUACGUAAAAUUGAUCGUUCAGCAUUAGCAACAUUUGGCUUCGAACCAUAUAAAGAUUUAAUGUUAAUAUUAAUAAAAGGACGUCGUCAUUGUUCAUUACGUCUUGUCAGUCCAUCAUAUGAAUCAAUGAAUGAAGGCGAUUGUUAUUUAUUAAUAACUCCAUCAAAAGUUUUUGCUUGGCUUGGUCGAUAUGCCAAUGCUUUAGAAAAAGCUAAAACAAUGGAUAUUAUUGAUUUCUUAAAGCAACAUCGCGAUUUUGGUUUACGUAGUGAAGUUAAAUAUUUUGUAUUAGAUCACGCAAAUGAUGACACAGAAAAUGAUAUACAUGCUGAAUUCGCUGAUAUUUUGCGUACGCAUCACAAUGAAUUUAAAACAAUCGACCAUUCUAUAGAUGAUGACUUUUAUGAAGCAAAUAUAAUGGAAUUAAAUCGUGUUUAUCGCUUAGAUAAUGAUAUGCUCUUGCCACUGGAUGAUUUUUGUUUUCGUUCAUUAUCAAUUAAAAUUCUUGAUUCAAACGAUGUAUUUGUCUUUGAUUUUGGCUCAGAAUUAUAUGUUUGGAAUGGAAAACAUGCAGAUAAAAAUAAACGUAACAUGGGUCUACAAUUAGCACAACAAAUAUGGAAUGAUUCGUAUGAUUUUUCAGAAUGUUUAAUCAAUCCAUUUGAUCCACUCGAUGAAAAAAAUGAUGUUACAACUCAAAAAGGCACUAAACGACCAGCAUGGUGUAUAUUUGGAAAACAGAAUCAAAAUGUUGAAACAUUAUUGUUUAAAGGUAAAUUUUAUGAUUGGCCUGGCGAUCUUAAAGAACUUAAACCGAUUAAUGAUGCUGCUAACAGUGUUAAUCGAAUACCAUCAGCAAGAAGACCUCCAUCAAUUGUUGAAAUGUUGAAACCAGCAGAUGUAAAUAAAAUGCUUAUUAAACAAGAUAUCCCAGUAAAUAUGAUACUUGAACAAGCAAGUUUAGGUCGAGGAAAACAUUGGUAUGAUCCUAUUGAAUUACGUGGUCAUGAUAUUCAAACAAUAUCAUUAAAUGUUUGGCAUGUUAGUGAAAAUGAACGUUACGAAGUAUCAAAGUCAAGCUAUGGACAAUUUCAUUCAGACGAUGUUUAUAUUAUUCGAUGGAGAUAUAAAUUAGUUGCAUCAGGUUUUCAUUCAAUAACAACUGGUAAAGCAUCUGUAAGAAAGACCGAUACAGGUCGUGAUCGUGUUGCUUAUUUGAUAUGGCAAGGUGUGAAUGCAAGUCCAAAUGAAAAAGGUAUUUCAGCUUUAAUGACAGUUUUUUUGGAUGAAGAAAAAGGGCCACAUAUACAUGUUAUACAAGAACGUGAAGAAGCCACAUUCAUACAAUUAUUUGAUGGUACAUUUACGAUUCAUAUGGGUAAACGUAAUCAAUCAAAAGAGAGAAAAUCCCAUUGGCGUCUUUAUGUAUUUCUUGGUGAAAUUGAAGUAGAAAAUCAUUGGUGGGAAUUACCGAUUGAUAGUACAAAUUUACGUAGUCGAACAUCAUUUUUAUUUAUUGAUAAUGUAAAAAAUAUUAUGUUACUUUGGCAUGGUUGUGGUACGACAGAUGAACAAAGAUUUUUAGCAAAUAAAUCAGCUAUGAAAUUACGUGAGAAACGCCCAGAAGAAUUUCAUUUUAAUUGUGAGCGUGAAGAUAUUGAAUUUUGUGAAAUACAAGAAGGUGAUGAAAUAGAUUUAUUUUGGACUGCAAUGAAUGAACGAACGCAACAACGCAAAUAUUAUUCUUUAUUAAAUGCACGGUCAAAUCAAAAACUAACUGCAACUAUGCGUAUAUUUCAUUUAUCAAGUCUUCACGGUCCAUUUGUUGCUCAAGAACUUCUAUAUCCUCUGCGAUCUCCUGAUCAUAUAGCCGCAUUUCCAUUUACUCAAGCAGAUUUAUAUGAACUUCAUCAACCAGCAUUAUGUUUAAUUGAUACUGACAAAGAAUUAUAUAUAUGGCAAGGAUGGAACGAUCUAUCUGACGAUGAACUUGACAUACAACUUAAUAAUGCUAAUUUACAAGCUGGGUGUCCAAGAGAUAUGCGCUUCACGGCUGAACGUCGUUGUGCAUUUCGUACAGCUGUUGAAUAUUGUAAAGCAAAACCCGGUUCAACUACUGUUGAUUUAACUUGUUCGAUAGUAUACGCUGGUUUAGAACCAAUUGAUUUUAUUAAUUUAUUUCCUAAAUGGACAGUUAAUAUGAAAGCUCGACAACAAAAUCAAUUGGAUGGUAAAAAUUUAAAUCAAAAAGAUUCAGUUUCUGAUAUACUUCAACAUUUAUGUCGCGAACAGUAUAGUCUUGAAGAACUUCGAACUCAUCCAUUACCCGAAGGUGUUGAUCCAUCGAAAAUUGAAUUCUAUCUUUCAGACGACGAUUUUCAAGUAUUUAUUAUAGCUGAUAUACUUAACGAUUUCGAUGUAGCUGCAAUUCAGGAAAUCAUUGAUGUUACUAUGAAAGCUACUUAUAUUUUACGUGACUCGUUAAAUAAACGAUCGCUAUCAAGACCAUAUUCAAUGGUGUUAAGUGGACAUGUUGAACGUUCAACAUCAAAAGAGCAAUUUAUAUUUUUCAAUCGUGAAUCAACAUCAGGAGUUAAACUUAUUGAUAAUUAUCUUUAUGAUGAUAAAUCAAAUUAUUUUGAACGACCACCGUAA